GCUGUGCCUGCUACACCAUCCCAUCUCGACCACUUCAUGAGCAGCACUUCGUACUUCCGAUCGCGAUAUUACCCUUCCUCAUCCCGCGCACUCCUAACCUCACGAUCUCCCUCCCCCAUGGAGCAGUACAACGAUCUCUCCACUCGGUACCAACAACUGACCGACAAGUACGUCAACCUGAAGCAAAAGUACCGCGACUUUUCCAAGUACUCGCCGUGGUCACACACGUCCAACGACUCGGAUGAACUGUCGCGACUUUCGGCCGCGCGUUACAGGUCACCGACGCCAGUCAUUGCUCCAGCAACCCCUCGGCAGGCCUCGAGGGUGCCUGAAAGGUACACUUCGUCCUCGUACAGGACGCCACCCCCGGCCGCGGCCUUCAAUAAUAUGUCCCUGGACGAACCUGAAGAGCCGCUGCUGACCUCCGAGGCCAUCAUGAGGAAGUAUCGCAGCCCUUUGACGGAGCGUCAGGUCGAAAGGGAAUCGCCCAGGAUGAAAAACCCGAGCAUCCUAGACCGCGAGUUGGAGAUUAUUAUGCCCAGAUAUAAGCAGCGUGAGGAACUCGAGCGGAAAGAGGCCCUCCUACGUAAAAAGGAGCCGACCCCUCCGCCCGCCAAAACGGCGCGCGAAGAGAGUGUGGAAAAUGGAUACUCCGCCGAAGGCCUUCCUCCGGUGCCGUAUACUUCCCGCUACGAUAAUAACAAGUACGCACUCAAGUACCAUCACAACGUCGCCGCCAAACAUAGAACGCACGCAAAUGUGCCCAAGUACGAGAGUUUCGUUCCGGUCAAGGUGAAGCCGGCGAGGAAGUUCGUUUGCUCGGCAAGGGAACUGAACGAAAUUAUCGUAGAACCUUCAGGCGGCGUCUACGUUCUUCCUAAUGAGCCGUACAACGAGGUCUAUCCUGAUGUUUUCAUUGGAGAUAUGCACACGGCCUUGUGUACUCAACAGCUCCGUGCUCUGGGCAUCACCCACGUCCUCAACGCUUCCCAGAAGGACCCUCGGCCAGGCGUCCAGGAGCCAGGCUAUUACGUCAACACCACGGCCCAGUACUAUCGAAGGGUAGGAAUCGAGUUUCUUGGAGUUCCGGCCACCGACAGUUUGUCCUUUGACAUCAGCCAGUACUUCCAAGACGCCGCUUCAUUCAUUGACUCGGCACUUCACACAAAUGGUCUAGGCAUUAGCCGAUCGGCCACGCUUGUUCUUGCCUUCCUGAUGCUCCGUCGCGGAAUGACGGCCCAGGACGCCAUGAGGACGGUCAGAGCCAAGAGGCAAAUCAUCCCGAAUGAGAGUUUCUUGCGACAACUGGUUGAGUUGAACUCCAAGUUGAUGUCGGACAGAAGAAAUUACUACAGGAAAUAAACGCUGCCUCAAUUAUUUAUGUGCAGAAAAUGAACUGCUUAAUUGUGGUCAAUGUGAAAUUCCAAUUGAGCUGGGUGCGAAUGUUUGAGGAAUUUGGUAAUUUUUUUCUUUUUGAUUUUCAAUUAAUUCUUCUUAUGCGGAAUAUAUAUUUUAUCUUACUAUGCGUUUUUCUACAGUCCGAAAUUCCUGGCAAGCUGUGAAAAUAUUUUAAUCUGAUUUUCACCCCGAUCUCAAAAGCUAGGUUCAUCGACUAUUUAUUGUAUUAAAUAUCUUCCUAAUAUUUGUUGUUUGUUAUUUUUGCCAAUUCUGGGAGGAUUUGGAUUCUUUCAGGAAGUCAAACAUUAAUCUCAUGGGUGCGUUAGUGGAAUGAACUCAUUUAAAUAAUAAUAAAAAUAAACCUUUUGUACCAAGCAGCAAAAGUUUUAUUGAUUAAAUUUUUUGAAUUUGUAUGAGCUAUUUAUUUAUUGAAUGUGUGAAUUUUGGUCUUUAAGACUAAUUUAAUUGGGAUUUUUGAUCUUCUGAAAAAUUUCAAAAUAAUUCCUCCUAGUAUUGGCAGUUUGUGAUGCCAACCCUGAUUUUCCUUUUGUAUACAAAUUUUAAUUUCACUUUUUGUUCGCAACUUGGAAUGAAAGAAAAUAAGAAAGAAGCCAAAUGAUCAAAAACAUUUUGUUUAA